GGAGCGGAGCUGAAGUCCCUGCGGGCGCCCGCCUGCCUGUUCGCACGGCGGCUUGCCGCGUCCCGGAGCUAGUUUUCGUCUCCGCUCCCGUUCCUAUGCGGGCUGCGGCAGCGGCGCUCCCAGCAGCGUGGCUCCUGGCGGGCGGCCCCUCCGGGCAACGGGUCGCUUCCCAGCGAGCGCGCCCCGGCCACGCCGGGGCUGCCCGGGAGCGCCAUGAGUUCGGAGCCGCCCCGCGCCUCGCUGCUCCGCGCCCUGUUUAAGAUGGAGCCAGCGGCAGCCGCCUCCGAAGUGCUGGGGGGAGCCUCGGAGUUCGUGAAAGAUCGGUUGUACUUCGCUACUUUACGAAAUAAACCGAAAAGUACCGUAAAUACCCACUACUUUUGUACCGAUGAGGAACUGGUCUAUGAAAAUUUCUACGGAGACUUUGGACCUUUAAAUUUGGCAAUGUUAUAUAGAUACUGCUGUAAACUAAAUAAGAAAUUAAAGUAUUUCAGUCUAUCCAGAAAGAAGAUAGUGUACUAUACUAGUUUUGACCAGCGGAAACGAGCAAAUGCGGCAUUUUUAAUAGGUGCAUAUGCUGUAAUAUACUUGAAGAAAACACCAGAAGAAGCUUACAGAACACUUUUGUCUGGAUCUAAUCCACCGUAUCUUCCAUUUAGGGAUGCUUCGUUUGGGAGCUGCACAUACAAUCUUACGAUCUUGGACUGCUUACAGGGAAUAAAUAAGGCCUUGCAGCAUGGAUUUUUUGACUUUAAGACAUUUGAUGUGGAUGAAUAUGAACACUAUGAGAGAGUGGAAAAUGGUGACUUCAACUGGAUUGUUCCAGGAAAAUUUUUGGCAUUUAGUGGACCACACCCAAAAAGCAAACUUGAAAAUGGUUAUCCUCUUCAUGCACCUGAAGCCUACUUUCCCUAUUUCAAGAAACAUAAUGUCACAACAAUCAUAAGACUAAACAAAAAAAUUUAUGAGGCAAAACGCUUUACUGAUGCUGGUUUUGAGCAUUAUGACCUGUUCUUCGUAGAUGGAAGCACACCAAGUGACAGUAUAGUUCAGAGGUUCCUGAACAUCUGUGAAAAUGCUGAUGGUGCUAUUGCUGUACAUUGUAAAGCUGGCCUGGGGAGAACAGGGACACUGAUUGCCUGUUACAUAAUGAAACACUACAAGUUCACACAUGCUGAAGCCAUUGCUUGGAUAAGAGUAUGUCGACCAGGCUCUAUUAUAGGACCCCAGCAACACUUCUUGGAAGAGAAGCAAGCAAUGUUAUGGCUCGAGGGGGAUCUCAUCCGAUCAAAGCAGAAACAACGAGUCGUUGAUGGAAACAUUAACAGAGUUCUUUGUGGCUUGAAUGACAUUUCAAUCAGUGACAGCUUGAAUAAAGUACAAGACUUGGAUCAAUACAGGGAGAAUGAUUUUGAAGACAAAGCAGGUGUGGAAACUCAGAAUGGCAUUACGCAGGGAGAUAAGCUUAAUGCCUUAAAAAGUCGGAGACGGCCAUGUUCUGCUACAACUGGAGCUCUGAGGUUGCAAGACAUGAAACUGCACACCAGGUCACUAUCGCAACCUUUCAGACUGAAUACUUCAGGUAGCACAGAAGGAUCCAUGUCUCCUCUGAAGGCCUCCAAAGUGAUGGCAGUUAAUUCACCAUCUGCAGAAAGAAUAAGCAGAAUUCCCACAUCCUCAGGCUCGAACAUUAAAAGCGUUUCCAUAAACUCCAGGCUAGCCAGUUCUCUAGGGAACCUGUAUGCUGCUUCAGAUGAUGAUGAGACCAAAAUGACAUCAUCGUCCUCUAGGACAGGUUUUUCUGUAAGCCAUAUCUCCAGCCACUUGAAUGGCAGCUUGCAGCUGUCUCACAGAAAUAACCAUGAACUGAACAACAACUUGUACAACAGAAACAGCAGUAGUGGCAACAACCUGAGCAGCCAAACCAGUUUUCACAGCACCGUGACAGAUGAAUAUGCUCAGCCUUCCUUUAUGGGCCUUACAACUCCUCCAGCACGAUACCAGACUCAAUCAAUUCCUUCCCUUCAGUCUGAGUAUGUUCAGUACUAAAGUCUUGCUGCUUUGGUGAAACCUGUUGACCUCAAAAUCAAAGAACUUAAGGAAGGAAGCUGCUCGCUCAGAGGAGGAAUCUUCAAUACAAGACAUAUUAAAACCUUAACACCAACAGGAGACUUCUUAACAGGCAGAAAUUUCUUGUUAAUGACUACUGCAGAUGCACUGAUGUUGAAUUUAUGGAAAUUAUUACCCCAUGUUAUAUACAGAUUUAAAUUUUUAAUGUUGAGACAACUUGAAUAUAUUUCUAAUGAGUUUUAUUAAGACAUUUAUUAACUUGUGUACAGUGUUAAAAUAUGUAUUGAGAGAGUAUUUUGGUAAGCAAUAUAUAUAUAAAAAUUAUGUAAAAAUUAGAAUAUAUUUUAAUUUAGUGUUCACUUUGCUACAAAAAUGUGUAUUUUAAAGAAUUUUUACAUGUUUAUCAAAGAUAUGAAAAUCUUUCUAUGAACAAGAUGUUUUUCUUGUUUUAUGGGUCCAUCAUUAUUGCUUAAAGCCCAAUGUAAUUACUUUCUCACUAAUUGGUCUUCUGGUAACUUAAUGGAAGUCUAACUAGUGAGAAACUAGUUAUUACACUAUCAACUGAAAGCACUUGAUACAUAGUCUGCUUUCCACUUUCAGCUGCUAAUGUUUCAUAAGGAAACACUAUGAAAGAAAAAUAAAGGGAAAAUAUUUGUUGAGAUGUAAUGUAACUUACAUCUUCCACUGCAAAGAGGAAGUAAUUUAUCUGAUGAUUCAAUUGUACAAUUAACACUUUCUUUCAAUUUGUCUUAAAGGAAUGUUUUAACUUUUUAACGUAGAAUGUUACAUUUUGCUAUGCAAUAUAUACUGCAAAAAUGAAGGCAGACCAAAUUUAAGUUGGUAAGAAUGUGCAUGUACAAUGAAUUUGGCAGUGCUGCAUACUUACAUGUUUUUAACCUACAGUUGGCAGUAUGUGUACAGUUUCAUUAGCAAAGCACACUAAAUGUUGGAAGUAUAUUAAAUUUUCACUUACCAACUGGACACUUCAUAAACCUUUUAAUUUGAAAACUAUUGUUAAAACAUACAGCUAAUGUAACCUCCUGUAUUACAGUAUUUUUGUCAGUAAAGAUGCUCUUUAAGGUAUAGUUUAAUCAGGUGUAAUGAAGUGGUGUUAUAGUGAAGUACUAGAGAUCACGUGUAAAAUUAUUAGAACUCCACAAGUGCAUAGUAAGCAAAAAAAAUGUAAGCAGCUAUGAGGACUUGAUUUGCUACUAAUUUAGAAGACAAAAACAAAACAGAUUUGUUACCUAUGAGUUUUUCUGAUAUCUAUGGAAACUUGAAAAUAAAACUUGGUUGAAUUGUCAGUCUUUGUUCCUGAAGACCUGUGAAUGCCCUGCAUUUGCUUUACAACUGAAGUUAAGUGCCACAUUAUUUUUUUUAAAAAGAUCAGAUCACAAACUGCUAUGGAAAGUUGUACUGAAAGUGUUAAUAAGCAAUACUGAGAGCAGCUAUAUAAAUCACUGAAUAAAAUUUACAUGCAAAUACUGUACUUUUUUCACAACUGUGUAUAUGUAACAUAUACACACACAAAGUAGCAUAUGUGUGUGCAUAUAUAUACAAUAUACUGUAUAUGAAUUAUAGAUUAAUGUUAAGGUAAUUCUACCUCUUAUAAAGGAUUUUGUCAUGUACUUUGUUAUAAAUAGUUUUCCUUAAUAAAAUAUUGUUUCAUUUUGAAAUGGAGAGAGAGAGAGAUACAUACAGCUAAUUGAUAAUAAAAUGCCUAUAUCAGCCA